GGACGCCCCCCCCCCCCUCCCGGGACCCCCGAUCCCCGCAGCCCCCCGGACACCGGGGGGAGGAUCCUGGGGGUCCCGCACCCCCGGCACCGGGGGCAGCUCCGCUUCCCUCGCUCCGCACCGGGGGAGGGGGCGGCAGGACCCCCGCGGCGGCGCGAUGGGGGCGGCGGCCUGCGGGAUGUUCUCAAACAACGAUGAAGCUGCGAUCAACAAAAAACUGCCCAAAGAGCUGCUGCUUCGAAUUUUCUCUUUCCUGGAUGUGGUCACUCUGUGUCGUUGUGCUCAAGUUUCCAGGGCAUGGAAUGUUCUGGCCCUGGAUGGCAGUAACUGGCAGCGAAUUGACCUGUUUGAUUUCCAGAGGGAUAUUGAGGGCCGAGUGGUGGAGAACAUCUCCAAGAGAUGCGGGGGAUUCCUGCGGAAGCUGAGCCUGCGGGGCUGCCUGGGAGUGGGGGACAACGCCUUAAGGACCUUUGCCCAGAACUGCAGGAACAUCGAAGUGUUGAACCUCAAUGGUUGUACCAAGAUCACGGACGCCACCUGCACCAGCCUCAGCAAGUUCUGCUCCAAACUCAGGCACCUGGAUUUGGCUUCCUGCACCUCCAUAACCAACCUGUCCCUGAAAGCACUCAGCGAGGGAUGCCCGCUGCUGGAACAGCUCAUCAUCUCCUGGUGUGACCAAGUGACCAAGGACGGGAUCCAGGCGCUGGUGCGGGGCUGCGGGGGGCUCCGGGCCCUGUCCCUCAAAGGCUGCACCCAGCUGGAGGACGAGGCCCUCAAGUUCAUUGGUGCCCACUGUCCUGAGCUGGUGACCCUGAACCUGCAGACCUGCCUGCAAAUCACAGAUGAUGGGCUCAUCACCAUCUGCAGGGGCUGCCACAAGCUGCAGUCCCUGUGUGCUUCUGGCUGCUCCAACAUCACCGACGCCAUCCUCAACGCCCUGGGACAGAACUGCCCACGCCUCCGAAUAUUGGAAGUGGCAAGGUGUUCCCAGCUGACCGACGUGGGCUUCACCACCCUGGCCAGGAAUUGCCAUGAGCUUGAAAAAAUGGAUCUGGAAGAGUGUGUCCAGAUUACAGACAGCACACUAAUCCAGCUUUCCAUACACUGUCCACGGCUGCAGGUCCUGAGUUUAUCCCACUGCGAGCUGAUCACGGACGAUGGGAUCCGUCACCUGGGCAACGGCGCCUGCGCCCACGACCGCCUGGAGGUGAUCGAGCUGGACAACUGUCCCCUGAUCACCGACGCCUCCCUGGAGCACCUCAAGAGCUGCCACAGCCUGGAGAGGAUAGAACUGUACGACUGCCAGCAGAUCACGCGGGCCGGGAUCAAGAGACUCAGGACCCACCUGCCCAACAUCAAAGUCCACGCCUACUUCGCCCCGGUGACCCCCCCGCCCUCGGUGGGCGGCAGCCGACAGCGCUUCUGCAGAUGCUGCAUCAUCCUAUGACACUGGAACCUCCUCCCGGCAAAGGGGGCUGGAACCACGCCCGGGCAGCUCCGGGCACGCCAGAACCUCGGGGACAGCGAUCCCAGUGUCAUUGCCAGGGCCAGUGAGCAGGGCUGGGCUGCCCUGCAGCCACCCACACACCCCCUGUGAUCCCGGCGGGAUGAGGGACUGGGGAUGGAGCUGCAGCUGGGCCGGCUGUUCCCGGGGUGGAUUGGCCUGAUCCUGAACCGUUCCUGCUGGGAAUUGCUGGGAAUAGCCCAGGGGAGGGCUCCCAGCCUGGAGGGACUGAUGCUGCUGGUGAGGUUGGAAAAGGAGCGGAGAUCCUUGGAAGUGGGGAGAGGGGAGAGGAGAGGAACACGCUGGAACCCCGUUGUGCAGAAGGAAAAACCCCAACAAACCUGAAAGCCCCAAAAAAACCUAAAAACCCCAACAAACCUGAAAACCCCAAAAAACCUGAAAGCCCAAACAAACCUGAAAGCCCCAAAAAGCCUAAAAACCCCAACAAACAAGUUCCAUGUCCAUUUGUCAGUGAGGGAAUGAAACAGCAGCUGCUCAGCCAGGAAUUCCCUGGGGUCCAGGAUUUCCCUGGGAUCCAGAAUUUACCUGAGCUCCAGGAUUUCCCUGGGAUCCAGGAUUUCCCUGAGAUCCAGGAUUUCCCUAAGAUCCAGGAUUUCCCUGAGGUCCCAGAUCUCCCUGGGGUCCAGGAUUUCCCUGAGGUCCCAGAUUUCCCUGUGGUCCAGGAUUCCCCUGUGCUUCCCUGCUCCCACCUGACCAUGCUCACAUGAAGGUUCAUCUUCCCUGUGUCAGAGGCUUCCCAGAUUCUUCCCAGAUUGUUGUGACAGACCUUGGAAUUUCUAAUGCCACUUUUUUUUUUUCCCAAUUCAGUAAUUUCUUGAGAUUUCCCAGCCCAAAGCCACAAAUCCAUAAGGAAUUUUCUCCCAGGAGAAGCCUGAGCCUGUGGUGAGCUGUCAGGAAGAUUUUAAAGGAGCUUGGGAAGCUGCACCCCAGGCUGGGCUCUCCUGGCCUGUGUGAUCAGGGAUUGGGUGUCCAAAUUUAUCCCAAAUCCAGGUUUUACCCCAAUGACAAGGCUAUAACUCUCCAUACAGGGAAUAAUAUAUAUACAAAUAUAUAAUUCUCAGUACAGGGAGGAAGUUCCAGCCCGUGUUCCGACUGAGUUCCCUCCUCCUGUCCUUCCCCUCCAUCCUUCCCCCAAGGAAAAGCCAAGUAGAGCUUUUUGUUUGUUGCCCUGAUGAAGAAUUAAGGAUUCCCUGACGGAGCAGGGCUGGGAUCCAGCCUCAGUCCCCGUGGGGGCCCUUCCUGCCCUCCCCACCUGCCCAGGUAAGUGUGCAGCCCUGCAGGGAGCCCCGGGAUGGGGUUUGGACGUGCCAGGCCCAGCUCUGGGGGAGGUGGGGGGUCCGUGGCUGCUUUUUUGGGGUGUUUCAGGCUCCAGGGGAGCCCGGACUGAGCGAAUUCCAGGGCUCAGUGUGGAGCUGCUGGGCAGAUCCCAAGGGUUUGAGGGGCAGGGCUGGUCCGUGGGAGCCGUGUCCGUCGUUCCCACUGUCCCUGCGGGAGCUCAGGGCUCCCUGCUCCCCUGGAGCCAGGGGCUGGGCUUCCCCCUGCUGCUGAGCAAUCUCCUGGUGGGGAAAGAGCAGCUGCAGCACCAGGAAUGGAUAUUUUAGGGGCUGGAGGGGGGGGUUUUCCCACCAGGAAUUCCAAGGACAAUGCGCUGUUCCCAGCAGGAGGGUCCCAGGCGCCCCUGGAGCUGCACCCCUUCCUCUCCCCCAGCCCCCCCAGUCUGUGCUCACUCUGCUGGGAGCAACUCCAGGCUGCUGUGGUUAAAAGGAUACUGUCAAUGCCCUCCUGUAGACGGCUUUUAAUCCCUUAUAUUUAUUCAAAUCCUCUUUAGCGCUGUGGAUUCUCCCCCUCUCCUCGGGCGCCUUCAUUUCCAGAACUUUCUCCAGGUUUCAGGGUGGCAGAAGAUGGUGGUGACAGACUGGACGGGCGAGGGGUCACCCAGCAAUCACAGGAUUUGCACAACUCUGGGAAAAUAAAAAACAAAACAAAACACUUUUGUUUAGUUCCUACUGUGGCAGGGGAGAGCGAAGAGCAGGAUUUUGGCUGACUGAUCCCUUUGUAACAGAGCAGAGUUUUCCAGGGAAAACUCCAGAACACAGAACCCAAAGCAAUUUAUUUUCUGUUUGCAGACCAGGGUGACAGCAUUAAGGUAGCUCAAACUUCUUGACAGUGUCCUUUUAAGUCAAUUAUCCGUCUUCAAAUGGACUCUUCCUGAUGUUUAUAUUUAUAAAUACCAAUAAACACCAUUUUCCAA